AUGUCGUCACGCUUGGGAAGAAAGAAAAAGCCGUCCACCGAAGAGGCAUUACAACAGGUGAAAGAACUUUGCGAGCAAUAUUCGAAAAGGAAGAGGAAACCAGUUCGGUUUGAAAUAAACACUGACCCAAAAACUGGUCUUCGUGAUUUCAAGGGAACAUAUGAUUCCUCAAGAAGAUGUAGUAGACGUUCAGGUUUGAUUGAUCAUUUACUAAAUUAAAUCGUUCUAGUAAAGGAGUUGAAAAUGAUUUAGAAUGGACCGUGCUUGUACAGUAUUUGGGACAUUUUAUAUACUGUAGGGAGAGAAUAGCCGAAUAGGGCGAUAAAAGUAUGAUUUGCUUUGUGUCUAUGAAUGCAAUUAAAAAAACGAGAUGAUACAACAACAUGUAAUACUUAGGCCACCAAUUUUAGCAAUUUAAUACACAAGGCAAUUUUAUUGACAUAAAAAUUAAGCAACACAAAAUUUUAACCAGUCUGGAACAAUUUGUAUUAAUUUGUAUCUCUCAUGUCUUAAGUAUGUAUUUAUUUAAAUAAAAAAAUAUUGGGAACUUUGCCUGUAAAUUGGCCAUCAUUACAGGUGCAAUGCAAUGGUGUUCAGUAUUACCACUGUCCAUCAGGGUUGGUAGGUUGCUGAUUAAAUUAAGCCAUUAUAUAAGUAGCAUAACCUUUGUUUUCUUUGUUUGAAACCAAGACAUCAAAGGGCCGCUUAUAACAAUGUUUGGCUUAUUUAUUCGGCACUAAAUCUACCAACCCUGCUGUCCAUGCCGUCCUACCAAGGAAACACAUCUACAAGUGACGUGGGUGAUUUAGUCAAAGUUACAUACAUAUAUUGAGUGGCAGAGGGGGCAUCACAAGCACUGUCGUGUGAUGUUAUAGGCUGAAAUUAAAUAAGGCAAUGUUUAUGAAAUUUUCUGCAAUGAGUUUCCUGCAAAUUUGUAAAAUAAUCCUCAUUUGAUCACAAACAACUGUCAAGGUUCCAUGUUCCAGGUACUGUUAAACAUUGUCUUGAAUUGGCAAGUAGUAUCUUCCUUGAAAUUUCUGAAACUAGAUUCUGAAAGCUUCCUUUAAAAUGUGUGCAAAAUUUGAGCUGUCAAAUUAACAAACCAAAGAGCCUGUUUGCGGGAGAAGUGAACCAUACACUUCAUUCAUAUAUGUAUCUAAACUUCUUAUCGACAUCAUAUGGCAACUAAGUUCCAGUAGAUGCCAAAAACAAUUUAUUAAGAGUGCAUUAAUUAACCCAUUGAGCUGCAAUGCGCCCCAGUGCACCUAGUGUUUUUUUUACUUGUCUAACACCAGAUGAUUUUACUUGUCGAUCCAUGGGGAAGCUCUGUAUUCUGUAUAACUUAAUGGUUAAACUACAGUAAUUUUGAAUUUAAAACAUCUUAAUACAAGAGCUACAAUACAAUGAAUAUAAUGUUAUAACCAUGUAACAUUGGGCCUCACUUUAUUCUAUUUAAUAAAGAUGUUAUAGUGCCUGCUGAGUGCUCGAGUGAAAUGUGCGAACCUGAUGAUUUCAGUUAUGAAGACAACCAAGUGAAAGGUAUACAAAGGGAUUGUUUAUAAUUCUUAUAAUUAUCAAUAUUUUACCCUAUUAAGAGCAUAAAGACUUUCCCAGAACAUAAGUCCAUUUCGAAUAGUGUACCACAUUGGUGAUGAAAAUUAUGGUUAUUGCAUGAGCAUUCAUUUGAUGGUUAGGAAGACGUUGAUAAUUAUUAUUGGCCCCUCCCAGGGCUGCAAAUUACUGUCGGACAUCGGACAAUGUCCGACUAAAUUGGGCAAAUGUCUGAGCAAAAGUAGUUUUUAUCGGACAUUGGUCCGAUCACAAAAAAAAUUGUCACAUGCUGUACAUUUUUUGCUGUGACAAAAUCCAAUGCAAAUUCACUCAAUUUGCAUUUUGCAAUAACGUUGCGCCGGAAUGGAUAUACAUACUUCUCUUGUGACUUAUAAUAUUAAUAUAGCUUGUGACGUAUAUUUUUCCGACCAAAUUUAGUUGGUUUUUGUCUGUAGUGACCAAAUUCAAGUUAUGUCCGACCAAAAUUAAAAGUGAUCGGACAAAUGUCCUGUCAAGUCAAAUAUUUAUUUGCAGCCCUGCCCUCCUAUGUUUUUCUAAAUGUGUUAUUAGCCAAACUAAUCCAAAAAAGUUAUUAGUUAACAAAAUAAAAAUUAUUUGUAUAGAACAGAAUAUGUUAGGAAUACAGAAAGUAUCAACUAGCCAUAAUGUAAUGAAUGACAAUAUGCCAUAUGUACAGUAAUUAGAUGAUAACUACAUGUAUAAUGUGCAUCAUAGCAAGCAAUGAACUCUUAUACAUUUUUAUGCUAGCCAUUUUUAUGCUAGCCAUCAUAAAAGGCUAAUUUUGAGCCUACUGUACAUGGUUUUAUUACUCAUCUGUUUUCAUAUUGCUUGGCAGGUGAAAGCCUGGAAGAUUUGAUUACUCAUUGUAAAACCCUUUUGGAAUCCAUGGGUAGCACAGAAUAUGUGGAAUCAAAUUGGACAAAAAGAAUGACUGAUAUGCAGGAAGAUUGGACAAAAGGAUGGAGCUUUAUUUUUAACUGGGUUGUCUCUGACGAAAACCACCACUCAGACAAAUGUUCAUUCUGUUUUGGAAGUGAUGCCAAUGUUAGAUGUCAUCAAUGUGGUUUGUCAUUUUACAUGUGCAAUAUCUGUGAUGAAAGAUUACAUUCAUCAAAUCCUUUCCACGACCGAGAGAUAUGGAAUGGGCGUUUUUUUGAGGCUGUUGCACCCAUGGAAAAAUUUGAUGGGUAUAGAAAGACUGGGUCAGGUACC